CUCGUUUUUUUCUCCACUUUUUCUUACAAAAUUUUCCACUUUCUUGCAUGUGGACUCAUAGUCUCCACUGCAGCUUCCUCUUCUCUUCCUUUUCUUCCCUUUUUUUCAACACCCCCCUUCCCACCCCCAACAAAACACUAAAGAAGAACUCCCUCGUGAUUUGUGCUUAUUUUCAGUAAUCCUAUAAUUUUCUUCUCAGAUAAUCGAAUUAAGUUGCUGGGGAAUUUGAUUUUCAGAUCAUUCUUGAAGAUUCGCUUUUGAUACGAGAGAUGGUUGCUGAAUCUUGGUUUCGCAAUUUCUGGAAAAAUUCUAAAAAGUAUGAGGGUGGUGGUCAUCAAAAGGUGCUAGUAGGCGUUCUAGCAUUUGAAGUGGCAAGCUUAAUGUCUAAACUGGUUCAUGUAUGGCAGUCUCUGAGUGAUAAGCAGGUGGCUAGAUUGAGGGAUGAGGCAAUGAACUCGGUUGGUAUCAAAAAGCUAGUUUCCGAAGAUGAUUCCUAUAUCGCAAGGUUGAUGUGUACAGAGUUGGUUGAAAACUUAGUACAUGUCGCAAUUGCUGUUUCUAGGCUUGCCAAAAAAUGCAACGACCCUUUCUUGAAGAGUUUCGAGCAAGCCUUUAAUGAUCUGCUAAAAGUUGGUGCUGAUCCGUACGGGUGGCAACUUUCGUGGAAGAAGAUGGAUAGGAAAGUUAAAAAGAUGGAACGAUUUAUUGUGAUUAAUGCAAAUUUAUAUCAAGAAAUGGAGAAUCUUUCUGAUCUUGAACAGACAUUGAGGAGAUUGAAGGGAAAUGAUGAUGCAGAUAGCAUUACUCUGGUUGAAUACGAGAAGAAGCUUGCGUGGAAGCAGCAGGAGGUGAAGCAUCUUAAGGAUGUUUCUAUUUGGAAUAGAACCUAUGAUUAUACAGUCCGUCUUCUGGCAAGAUCCCUAUUUACUAUAUUUAGUAGGAUCGGGCAUGUGUUUGGAGUUGAUCCUGCGGAUGAGAGGGCUAAAGCAUCAAGAGAACUAGAUUCUGAUCAAAUCCAUCGUAGCCACUCAGUUGCUUAUGCCCAAUCAACUGUUCACCCGUCUGAAACAGGCUUGACUAGAUUUUCCUCAGAACCAGUAGAAAAUAUCCUUUCCAAAUCUGGCCCAAUCUCAAGCACAAGAAACGUUAACAAUUCUUAUUCAGGUCCCUUGAAAAGUUCAACUGCAACAGGAAGCCCGGUCCCUGGAAGACAUUCUUCUGUUGGCUUCUAUUCGGGUCCUCUGGGAAGGUCAACAACAAAAUCUGGGCCGCUCCCUCUAUUCAAUAAAUCCGGCAUGAGGUGGUGGAAAUCUCGUGAUCGUUCAGGAAAUUUACACGGAAAAGGUCCAAAUCAAAAGCAUUCUCGACCGACCUCUACAGGUCCUCUAAAAGGCCGCAUGAUGAUCGGGAACGGUUCUCCUGUAGGUAAUUGCUAUCUAGAUCCACAAGGAUUUCAUUCUGGUUUUCUCAGUGCAACGAAAGGAGCUAAUGUAAAUGGACAUGUUGAUGGCUAUUCAACUUGCUCUUAUCUGACAAGUUAUAAUGCGAAAAAAAGGUUGUUAAACGCUCCUCCGGAAACUCUUGGAGCUGCUGCCUUAGCACUGCAUUAUGCAAAUGUCAUUAUCGUGAUUGAGAAACUAGUGGCAUCUCCUCACUUGAUUGGACAUGAUGCAAGAGAGGACCUGUACAACAUGCUACCGGCUAGUUUAAGAGGAGCCCUCAGGUCGAAACUAAAGCCAUUUGCCAAGAGCUUGACGUCAUCAGUUUAUGAUACGGUUCUUGCUGGAGAAUGGAAUGAAGCAAUGCUGGGGAUUCUAGAAUGGCUCGCUCCGCUUGCUCAUAACAUGAUAAGAUGGCAAUCUGAGCGGAGCUUUGAGCAUCAGAACUUUGUUUCAAGAACGAAUGUGCUGCUCGUACAAACCCUUUAUUAUGCAAAUCAAGAAAAGACAGAAUCAGCAAUUACAGAGCUGCUCGUCGGUCUGAACUACAUAUGGAGGUACGGAAGGGAAGUGAAUGCAAAAGCAAUCGAGGAAUGUGCAAGUGCUAGAAUGAUGUUUAAUGAUGAUUACUUGGAUGAGUGAUUUUGGCUUUGAAUGGUUGGAGUUUAGAAACCGGUCCAUGGCAAAAUGCUUCUCUUCAGAAGCAAAUCAGAAGAUGUCUCCGCCUGGUUUUUCUCAGUUGCUGCUGAUUCGAGCUACUCUGGCGAUCAUAUUCCAUGAGAUUCUUUAUUCGUUAAAAGGGUGACGAGUACUGCAGGAAUGUAACUUUAAGCUUCUGAACAUUCUUUCAGGUCAGUAAGCGAUGACCAAUUUUCUAUUUUGCCAGGAAAACUUGGAUCUCAUUCGAUAUAUCAGAGUCCACGCUAUAAAUUAAAUGUCUUGUUAUUUGAUAAAUGUAUAGAAUUAGCUGAGGUUGUUUCUAGCUUUGUAAAUUUACAUGGCAAAGGCCUUUCCCUUAAUAUAUAAACAAUGAAGGUUUGGCGCUUAGUUUGUUCGUGAUUGAACUUUUAUUGGAUGUACUUUCCAAUAUUAUGAAGCAUGAGACUUUCAGAAUUAGUUAAGCUGAAUCUGGGCUUUUGCUUGCAUGUUUUUGCUUAUUAGAAUGUAUCUUUGCUUUAUCCUUGUGAAGAAAGAAUGAACGGCAGCACCAAUAGGUGUGGCUUAACCGCCAUGGCGCCAUUGAAGUGGGUGAAAAUCAUGAGAUGCAGGAAUGUAACUUUAAGCUUCUGAACAUUCUUUCAGGUCAGUAAGCGAUGACCAUUUUUCUAUUUUGCCAGGAAAACUUGGAUCUCAUUCGAUAUAUCAGAGUCCACGCUAUAAAUUAAAUGUCUUGUUAUUUGAUAAAUGUAUAGAAUUAGCUGAGGUUGUUUCUAGCUUUGUAAAUUUACAUGGCAAAGGCCUUUCCCUUAAUAUAUAAACAAUGAAGGUUUGGCGCUUAGUUUGUUCGUGAUUGAACUUUUAUUGGAUGUACUUUCCAAUAUUAUGAAGCAUGAGACUUUCAGAAUUAGUUAAGCUGAAUCUGGGCUUUUGCUUGCAUGUUUUUGCUUAUUAGAAUGUAUCUUUGCUUUAUCCUUGUGAAGAAAGAAUGAACGGCAGCACCAAUAGGUGUGGCUUAACCGCCAUGGCGCCAUUGAAGUGGGUGAAAAUCAUGAGACCAGAUUUAAAUUUCAGUGGAGACAAAAUGCCAGGUGAUCUUUUCAAUCUGCCGAAGUCUCGGCGCUGGAGUUAUUCAAUACUUGCAGCAAGUAAAGAAGGCAGCUCGGUACACAAGGCAUCCCGCGAUCGAUCACGCAGGAUCUGGGUAAGGGCUGCACCCCCAAGGGAGGUGAUGUAGACAACCUAUCCUAAUGCAAACAUUAGAGUUGCAAUCUAUGCACAAGGCAUCCCGUGUUCACGUUGGGUCUAGAGAAGGGUCGCAUCCCAAGGGGUGUGAUGUAGACAACCUACCUAAUGCAAGCAUUUGUGGCUGCCACGACUCGAUCUUUUGAUCUAUAGGUUACAUGGAGACAACUUCAUCGUUGCUCCAAGGCUCUCCUUCAGUACCGACAACGUGUAUUCAAUAAAAUAGUUGAGUUGUACGCGAACUACCGACAACAUGUAUUCAAUAAAAUAGUUGAGUUGUACGCGAACUGUAUUAAAACCAGUCUUAUUUUUUUAAAAAGAAAGUAUCUUCAAGAUUU